CGUCAUCAUGAUCAUUUUCAUCAUAGGCCUUAUCCUCGUGCACUUCGCCCAAGCCGAUCUUAGCGUGGUACCAGUGACCCCGACUGCCUCCGCCAUUUUGGGACAGCAGACAUUCCACGUUAAGGUUAGCGAUGGACAGCCACGGUUUCAACCUAGCCGGUUGAGCCUCGAUGUUGGGGAUAUUAUUAGCUUCCGAGUUGAAGAUCUCUCCUGCUCCCUACGAUUAACCCACUACCCAUGUGGAUCCUCUGAGAGUACCGUAGUUGAGGACGAGAAACGAUUCGUUGUGAGAGAUGAAAGUCCUCUGCUCUUCAUUUGUGAUUCAGCGGAUACCGAUGGCUGUUCGCCAGAACUGCUUUUUACUCUCAACGCGGCAGCUCCACCGAGCCAAACCCUCGGCCCAUACGAAACUGCAGAUCUGGGGAUCGGCUCACAUGUCAUGGGCCCAUCCCAGGUUGAAAGCGGCCCUAUGAUCUCCAGUCCUUUGAUCAGCAGCCCCUCGAUCAGCAGUUCCUUGAUGAGCAGUUCCUUGAUGAGCAGUUCCUUGAUGAGCAGUUCUUUGACGAGCAGUUCCUUGAUGAGCAGUUCCUUGAUGAGCAGUUCCUUGAUGAGCAGUCCCUUGAUGAGCAGUUCCUUGAUGAGCAGUUCCUUGAUGAGCAGUGCUCCCCGCUCAACCAGUCCUUACGUCAGUCAUUUCCAACCGCUCUCAAAGACUUCCGAAGCACCAGAUCCGAUGGCCACCCUUCCAAGUGGGACAUCUCAAACGACCUCUGCCUAUACAGCGUCUCCCUCAUCGCAGGAGAUAGAACUGAGCUCGGCGGCUGGAGUGCUGCAGAUUAUCGGAAUAAACCUGUCUUGUGUGUUAAUCAUCGUCGUUUGUGUCGCGAAUAUGUUGUUCUAGUAUAGUAUUAAAGUAGAAAUCUCUC